AUGAGCUCUCGUGGCGUGCGGAGCCUGGAACAGCUCCCGGCCGACGUAAGAGACGCGCUACCUGAUCCUGAGCCCACUCCGCCGCCCGCGGGCUUCAGCGUCCGCGUCGCGCGUCCGUUCAUUGCGGACGGAGCGAAGGAGAGAGUCGCCAAAGCCAUAGAGGACGGGCUUGUCUCCUCCGCAACUUCGGUCGUGGAAGAGCUGGAAGAGGAGCUGUGCAGAGUGUAUGGCGUCCCGUUCGCCAAGGCGUGCAGUAGCGGAUAUUCGGCGCUCGUGUUAGCUCUGAGGCUCGCGAACAUCGGGGAAGGUCAAGAUGUUCUCGUUCCGUCGCUCACGAUGGUCGCCGUUCUGAACGCUGUACUCGGUGUCAAAGCGACGCCCGUAUUCGUGGACUGCGAGUCGGGAGAACUCAACCCGUCUGUGGAGAAGUACGCCGAGAAGUUGACGCGAAACACGGCCGCUCUGAUAGUCACGCACACGUAUGGUGUCCCGGCCGACUGCGUAGCGCUGCAGAAUUUCUGCCGGAGCAGAAACAUUGUCUUCAUCGAGGACAUAGCCGAGGCGAUCGGCACGGAAUGCUGCGAGAAACUCGUGGGAACGUUCGGAGACUUCGCCUGCGCAAGCCUCUACGCCAACAAGGCGAUAACAGCAGGAGACGGCGGGUUCGUACUGAGCACGCGCAAAGAUGAAGUCAUGAAAGAGCGAGCGGACAGCUACGCAAAUCACGGCUUCACCAAACGCUACCAUUUCGUUCAUUUGGAGGGAUGCGGAAACCACAAGAUGUCCGGACUCCAAGCUGCUCUGGUCACACCAGCCGUGUCCCAGCUACCAAAAGUCAUGGACGACAGGAACCGAAUAGCCAAAAGAUACCGCAGCGAACUCCAAUCAAUCCCCCAUCUCACCCCGAUGCCCAUCAACAAGUGGGGUAAAGAUACCCCAUGGGUGUUUGGGGUGUUGGGCGACUCCAAAGAAACUCGAAAGAGACUUCGACAAGCUUUAGCCGAUGAGGGGUACGAAACACGCGACUACUUUCUCCCUCUCCACCUCCAACCCCUUUACCGUACCUCUGCAGGUCCAACAGUCUCUCUGCCUAACUCUGAAGACAUGGGCCGCAGAGGCUUCUACCUCCCGACCUUUUUCGGAAUGACCGAAGAGAUCAUUGAGGGCAUUUGCAAGUGUCUCAUAGAGACCUAUAAAGACUUCAUGUAA